GUACGCCCACCAGGUAGUGACUUCUGAGCUCAACUCGCUCGUGGCUGAACUGCUGGCGGAGCUGCUGCGAUUCCAAGUCAGGGCGCUUCAGAAAGACCCAAUCAAGGGAGCUAUGCGGCGGCGUGUGCUAUCAGGGCUGAAGGAGGUGGGGCAGGCGGUGCGCAGUGGGAGGGCCAAGUGUGUGGUGCUGGCGCCUAACGUGGAGGAGGUGCCUGGGGCAGGCGGUCUUGAUGCGGCCCUCACGUCGAUCCUAUCAGAUGCCGCCACGCGGAGCAUUCCCGUGGUUGUGGCUCUCUCCAGACGGCGGCUCGCCAAGGCCUUGAACCACCCGCGCUGCCGGGUGAGUGCUGUGGCCAUUCUGGACGACAAUGGGGCGCACAGGCUGCUCAAGAGCGUGCUAGCAGAGGCAGAGAGGGGGAGGGCGCUGCUGCUCAAGAAAGGGAAUUCUGGCAGAGACGGGCGGGGGAGAGAGCUGUGGCGGGAGGGGAAGGAAGGGCAGGAAGAGCAGGCGGGGAGGGCAGGAGGGGCAGGAGGGGCAGGAGGGGCAGGAGGGGCAGGAGGGGCAGGAGGGGCAGGAGGGGCAGGAGGGGCAGGAGGGGCAGGAGGGGCAGGAGGGGCAGGAGGGCAGGAGGGGCAGGAGGGGCAGGAGGGGCAGGAGGGGCAGGAGGGGCAGGAGGGGCAGGAGGGGCAGGAGGGGCAGGAGGGGCAGGAGGGGCAGGAAGGGCAGGAGGGGCAGGAGGGGCAGGAGGGGCAGGAGGGGCAGGAGGGGCAGGAGGGGCAGGAGGGGCAGGAGGGGCAGGAGGGGCAGGAGGGGCAGGAGGGGCAGGAGGGGCAGGAGGGGCAGGAGGGGCAGGAGGGGCAGGAGGGGCAGGAGGGGCAGGAGGGGCAGGAGGAGGGGCAGGAGGGGCAGGAGGGGCAGGAGGGGCAGGAGGGGGGGCAGGAGGGCAGGAGGGCAGGAGGGGCAGGAAGGGCAGGAGGGGCAGGAAGGGCAGGAGGGGCAGGAGGGGCAGGAGGGGCAGGAGGGGCAGGAGGGGCAGGAGGGGCAGGAGGGGCAGGAAGGGCAGGAGGGGCAGGAAGGGCAGGAGGGGCAGGAAGGGCAGGAGGGGAAGGAAGGGCAGGAGGGGCAGGAGGCACCAGAUGGGGAGGGAGAGAGCUGUAUCACGAAGGUGAGGCGAAGAGGACAGCUGUGGAAAGAGGGGAGGCGGAAGGGAGGGAAUGGCUGUGGCACGAGGGGAGGCUGAUGGGUUUGUGGAGGAAGAUGGAUGGGUACAGAGAGGGGCAGAUAGAUGGGUACAGAGAUGGAUGGGGAUAG